CUUUUUUUAUUUUUUAUUUUUCUGACCAAUAAAAAAAAUAAAACCUUAUGGAUGAUUAUAUAAUAAAAACCUCAGAAUUACAAGAUCUUUUGGAAACAAGUUCAUUAUCUUCUUCUUUCUUUAUCGAAGGCACAAUCACAAACUCUAGUACUUGUUGUGCCACAUCUACUCAGGAGCAAGAAAAUCCAAUCAAUAAUAUCAAAAAUGUUGAAUCAUUACAAUCUAUUUUACCUGGUUAUGGAACUUCAAGUAUUGGUGCAUCCGUUAUGAACCUUACAAAUGCUAUGAUGGGAAGUGGUAUCAUUGGACUUCCAUUGGCUCUCCAUUUAUGUGGUUUCUGGUUUGGUUUGGUUUGUUCCAUUUUUGUUGCUAUUAUUACAUGCUUGGCUAUGCAUCUUACUGUUCAAUGUGGUAUUCAAACAAAUCGAUAUAGUUUGUCUGGACUUUGUAGCCAACUUUUAGGUACAACUGGUGAAAAACUUUGCAAUUUUAUUAUCUUCUUUCAUACAGCAACUACUACUGUCUCAUAUUAUAUCAUGUUGGGCGAUACCUUACCAGCUCUUUUUCAUCAUUACUUACCACAGCUUAUUUGGCUUAGCAAUAGACAAUUGGUGGUAGUGGCCUUUGGAUUAUGCAUUAGCUUACCACUCAGUCUCUCUCGAUCACCAGCAAAGAUAGCAAAAUGGUCUACACUCUCAGUAAUGCUUUUACCUUUGAUGUUACUUGGUAUUAUAUUUCGUGUACCUGUUUAUGCUCCACCUAUGAAGGAUAUUGUCUUGGAAGUGGUGUCACCAUCUUUUUCUAUGUUCAAAGGAAUUGCAAUUAUGGCUCUAUCUUUUGGCUGUUCUCAAAAUAUAUUUGGUAUUUAUCUCAGCACAAAAGAUCAACGAUCAUCAACCUGGUUACAUAUCAGUGGUUUUGGUACAGCUAUCAGCUAUCUUCUCAACUUUACAUUCGCCAUUAUGGGUUAUAUUUGUUUUGGGAAGGAUGUUCAAGCAAAUGUUUUACUGAACUUUCCUGAUGAUGAUUUGGCUAUCAAUGUAGUUCGACUCAUCUUGGGGUUGUUUAUGGUUCUUACUAUUCCGUUGGCCAUCCAUCCUUGUCGUGAUGCUGUACAAACUUUACUAAACAGAAAUGCUGAUGGAAGGAUACCCUCUGACAAUGAACAUAUUUUGAUAACCUGUCUAAUAUUCAGUCCUAUACUUUAUUUUGGUGCGACUUUGACUUCAUUGGGAAGUGUAUUCGAUAUUAUUGGUGGAUUCUCUACGAUGGUACUUGGAUUUUUAUUACCGGGAGUUGUGUUUAUGCCUUUAUUCAUAACUUCCCGUGAUAAAGAAAGAAAUCCGUUACUAUUCAAUAAUACUUUGAAAAUGCUGACAUGGCAUCAAUUUAUUUUAUCCAUUACGUUAGUACUAGUUAGUCUUCCUAUCAUUUAUAUUACUCUUAUUGAUCAUUUAUAAUGAUUUACUGACAUUAAUAAAAAAACAAUGUUUUUUCUUAUAA